UUGAGGCCAGUCCCCCUCAGUGGCUCAGUCUGCAGACUGGCCCCCUGAGCACUGGCCUACGCCAUCUCAGCAGGUGCAUCCUCCCUAAGAGUUUUCAAGGGGCCAAGGCAAGAGCCAAAGAGACCACCAUGGGGUCAUCCCCUAACUGACAACGCAAACCCAAGAAAGUUUGGGAUGGGUGGUCAGGAACCAGGCAUGCCACAGCUCCACCCCUGGGAGGGUGGAGGAGGGUGCUGGCUCAGCCCUGAGAGGCCCAGGAGCUGUGGUACCUGAGGGAGGCAGAGCUCUGCACAGCGGCACCAUGUCCUGGGCUCUCAUCCUGCUAUUGCUCCUGGCCCACUGCACAGGGUGUGGCCCUCAGCAGUUGCUGGAUCAGCCGCCGUCUGUGUCCUCGUCCCUCGGAACCACAAUCCACCUGGCCUGUACCUUGAGCAGGGACCUUGACAUCAGCAUUUACAACAUCCAGUGGUACCAGCAGUGGCCCGGCCACCCUCCAAGAUUCUUGCUGAGCUAUUUCUCCCAUUCAGACAAAAUCCAGGGCCACAAGGUCCCCCCUCGCUUCUCUGGAUCCAAAGACAUGGCCAAGAACACGGGGUAUUUGAGCAUCUCUGAGCUUCAGCCUGAGGACGAGGCUGUGUAUUUCUGUGCUGCCAUGGUUGAGAGAUUGGAGCGGGAGCGGGAGAGGGAGAUGGAGAGAGAGAUGAGGGAAGGAAACGAGCCUGCUGCUCCAGUGUCCCCGGCACCCUAGGAAAUGCUUGCGUUGAACUAAAGGCAGAGGGAUGGGAGUCCCUGUGGGCAGGAGGGUGGGGUCAGGGCUUCCUGUAAACCCCCAUGAAGGCCAGAUUCGAGGAUUAAAGCUACUUCUGCCUUGGGAA